AUGUCUCAACUGUGUGUUGUUCCAACGUGUAAAAUCAAAUCUUCGACGUUGUGUUUGUGUUGUCAGAAGAACUUUUGUCAUGAUCAUUUGACAGAACAUAAUGAAUUAAUUCGAAUUGGAUUUGAAUGUUUGAAGGAGGAAAUGAUAAAUUUGAAUGAAGAGAUGAAAAUGAUUGAUUUGGAAAAGUUAAUCGAAGUUCAACGUGAAAAACUCGACCAAUGGAAGGACAAUUGUCAUGAAAUGAUUGAAUGUUAUUAUAAACAAAAAUGCGACGAAUUACAACAAUUUUCUCGUGAAAAAUUCGAAAAACAACGUAAAGAAUUGAGUCAAAUCGAAACAAGUAUCAAUAAUUAUCAUCAAAAUGAAACAAUUCUUCGAAAAGAUCUUCAAUCAUUAAAAUUAUCUCUCUAUGAUCUUCGACAAGAAAUCGAUCAAUUCAAACGCAAAGGUAUUCAAAUAACCAUUCAACCAUUUCUCUUGAACAAUCAAUCAAUUUCUAUCGAAGAUUCCAAACCUAAUGCAUUUCACAUCAAUCACGCAGUUCUCACAUCACCCGAUCGAACAAUCGAAUGUACCAAUGGUUGGCAAUCAGAAUUUGCAAGUAACGAUCGAUCCAUUCUCAUUACUCUCGCAGAUAAUUUAUGUUUAUUUGAUCGAAAUUUAACCUUAAUUAAACAAUCACCAUGGCCAUUUGAAGGCAUUUAUGAUAUGUGUUGGUCUUCGACAUUAGCGAGUUUCAUUGUUGUUACGGAAAAGAAAAAAGUUUAUCGAAUUAAUGAAGUAACAUUGGCAACUGAACGUAUCUAUGGAAUUGAAGAAAAAGAUUGGCUGGCUUGUACAUGUUCAGAAGCGUAUUUGUAUUUAACAACGUAUGAAAUCGGCACAGAUAUUUUUCAAUAUAAACUAUUACCAUUAAUUCGACCAGUUAAACAAUGGCAACCACCGUUUUCUUGCAAACCACAUGAAUCUAUCCAUACUAUUCGAUCUAAAGAUCGAACAUUGGCACUAAUCAUUCGAGAAUCAUCAGGUGGAGCUAUUGAUAUUGAACUUCGGUCAUCGACGACAUUGAAUCGACUUUGGUCACUUCCAUUGGAUAUUCGAAGUUCAGGUCUUUGGUCAAGAAUUAAUUGUUGUUCGUUACAGUAUAAUGAAUGGUUAGUCGUACAUACAGCAACUUCACGUCUUUUUCAUAUCGAUAAAGAAGGACAAUUGAAAUUUGUUCACGAAUAUCAACCAAAAUUGAACAAUGCGACGAUGUUCGGUUCGAAUACAUUGGUUAUUCAUUUAGGAUCAAAAGUUCAUUUUCAUCAAUUAUCGUAG